CUCUGUUUAAAUUGGGGGAAGUGUUGAGUGAACGCCAGAGCUUUUAUACUUCAGAGGUUUUGCCGUGUGCCAGUUAGAGUUGCAGCAAACACGGCGGAUAGAGUUUUGGCAGACGAGAGGGUGAUGAUGCGCUCUCUGCUGCUGCUGUGUCAGAGUGCAGCCCUGCUGGGUGUGAUGUGGGCCUCCCACUCCACUCUCUUGGUGGAGGGCGACAAAAAUGCCUCCAGGAUCUGCAAACCCGCGCCGAGCUGGGAGAUAAAGGGCCGCUCGCCGGCGCAGGAGCUGCUCGGAAAUGUGGUGGUGGUGGCUCUGCUGAAGGCCAGCUGACACUUCUGUCUGGUUCAGGCGUCCCGUUUGACACAGAUCACUGCUUUGAUUAAAACUGAUGAUAAAAGGAUAUCUAAAAACUAUUGGAAUAAUAUCGGACGCCUGCGCACCAAACUGAGGCGCAGCAACGUAACCGACGUGUCCUUCCUGAUCGUCAAUGAGCAAAAUGCCGUAUCCAGAGCCCUGUACUGGGAGCUGAAGAAAAGAGCUCCCACUGGUGUCCCAGUGUAUCAGCAGGACGCUAAUCAGACCGACGUGUGGGAGGUGCUGGACGGCGACAAAGACGACUUCCUGAUCUACGACAGGUGUGGCCUCCUCACUUUCCACGUCGUGCUGCCGUACAGUUUCAUGCACACCCCGUACGUGGAGGCCGCGAUCAGAGCCACCUACGUGGGAGACAUCUGCAACUGCUCUGCCAUUUCCACGAGGACUCCAGGGACCGUCCAGCCACCGGACGAAGGGGUCGACCCCACCGAGAAGACUCAGCCGAUCCCCCACCACUAUCACCAUCUUUCCAGCUUCUUCCAUCAUCAACCCGCUCCUCGAAAUAAGACCCAGGACCAAGAUAGGCCCGUAAUAUUCCCAGCUCCGUAUCAUCCGCACCAUGCCCACCAGCACCCCCACCACAAGUAAACCAGUGUUCAUAGGUUUUCAGGUUUAUUUUUUGUUCUUUUUUUAGAAUUGAAGCCCGUUUUUAUUUUAUUUUUCUGAAACGUUUACACAUCCCGCUAUACAAUGUGCCGAACCUGCUUUAAAAAGUGCAGCUUGGUGCUUCUGUAUUUGGAAAAGAGUGGCCAGGACCCUCCGAGUUCUCCCAUUAAUGAAGUCCAGAGUGUAAAGCCUGCCUGCAGGGGGCUGUGGACGGAUGUCCAGGGGGAGAGAAAGGAGAGACUCUGACCGCUGCCGUAUCCAGACAGAAGCAAACGACGAGGUGCAACGACGCUGCCUGGCUGGUCUCACUCAGUCAGAUUGUCUUUUUAAAGCUGAUUCGCCCCAAUUUGCUUUCUGCUUGACAAGAUGUGAGGAUUACAAUGUUCAGAGAACAGGAAUAACAUCUUACACACAUGACUUAAUGACUUAUUUUAGAUGCUGUUUAUUGUGCACUUACAAUUUCCUCUUAGAAUCUCUCAUUAUAAAUUAAACUUAUUUUGUUUUUCUCCAGAUUAAGGCGGAACUACAUGGUAGAUUGAGUAAUUAGAAACUGUUGCUUCAUAACGUGAGCUGCAAUAACUCAGAAAAUGUCCUGUAAUAACGCAUUUCUGUGUAAUUAAUAAAAUAAAAACUCAGAAUCCAA